AUGUGCUCGGCAGCCUGUAAGACCUAUGCCCAACUCUGCGUGGUCCGCUUCCUGCAGGGAUUCUUCGAGUCGAGCCUCUAUAGCGGCACAAUCUACAUUCUCGGAUCUUGGUAUACGCCAUCGGAAAUUGCAAAAAGAACUGCCAUCUUUACUGCCAUUGGUCAGAUUGGCAGCAUGUUUGCUGGCGUAAUGAUGACAGCCAUGAAUGAGAGCCUCCAUGGGCAAUCGUCGCUUGCAGGAUGGCAAUGGGUCUUCAUCAUCAAUGGUGCGAUGGGAAUACCGUUUGGCAUCUUUGGUCUGAUGUUCUUCCCCAACCUCCCUGAAUCCACCAACGCGCCAUAUUUCACCAAGGAAGAUAUACAGUUUGCACUGGAUCGACUACCACCAAAGCGAGACUGGAGCCAUGAUAUUGGCCUCAAAUCUCUUACAAAGCGUAUACUCGCUAAACCGGACGUCUACAUACUCACCCUAUAUUCGAUCGUUGGCUCUGCUUUGGAAGCUAUUGUCUUGCAAGGUCUCUUUUUGCUCUGGCUCAAGGCCAACGUUGAAAAGUUCCCGUCAUAUGCCCCCACAACAUACCCGCUAGGUAUUCAAGCUGUCGCCAUUGUCUCAAACAUUGGCGCCGGCUAUGUCAUAGACAUGACCAAUCGUCGCAUACCCAUCGUCAUCGUGGCUGGGGUCUUGCAGCUACUCGUUGCAAUACUCUUACUCGUUCCGACACUCUCGACGGCCGGGACAUUUUUUGCCUUUUACCUGGCAGGAACAUCGUACAUGGUGAAUCCGAUAAUGUAUGGCUGGGCUAGUGUCAUUUGCCGGCGUGGUGGCGAUGAUGCUUCACGAUCUGUGAUCCUCUACAUUAUGAGCAUGGUACAGUCGAUUUUGUACACCUUCUGGGGUGUCGCGUUGUACCCAGCUACUGAUGCGCCUUAUUGGCGAAAGGGAUGCAUCACCAUGAUUGUAGUUGUGUUUGCAUUCUUCGGCACGACAGCCGCGAUGCAAUGGCUGGAUAAAAGAACCGAAAACCUGGACAGUGAGGUGACCGAGGACUUGACAAUCGUUGGGGAAAUAGCAGCAGACCGGAAAAUGAAGAACGGUACCGAGUCAAGCGCCAUGGCCUUUGCCGGAGACGCUCAGGGUCCAGAACGAGAUCAAUACUCACACAAGGUUUGA